AUGGGCCGAGCACAAGCUAUAGAGUUUGGAAUUAAGCAGAUUCCUCAUAUCAUUCCUUUGGAUGAAGAAAGCGCUCGCCAAUUGUGCGAACAAGUCCUAGAAUCGCAGCCUAACGAACCCGACAAGAUUGCCGAAAAACUGAUGGAAAUUCUGGGUUCAGAAGAUAUUUCACUCAAUUUUGUUCUGCAAUUCAACGAGAAAUUGGGUUUGAAAGAACCUCCAGUGAAUUCUGCUGGUCGUUCUGCUCAAAAUGAGCUUAAAAACACCAUUCCAUCUGCUAGACAAGACACUUUAGAGCCUAUAAAAUUGACUAGCAAACCUGCAAUGACUGCAAAGGAAAGCAAGGCGAAAACCUCCAGCUCAGUUGAUCUCAAGGCUAAACAGAGUUCAUCGAAAACUCAAGUUCAGGAAAAAAAGCCCAAAGUAAAUGGAAGAACUAGAAAAUUGCAAAAUCUUCAGGAAAUCGACGAUGUGCUCAAGGUUCUGGAACUAGAAUCCCCAGACACAGACCCUGCCAAAUACGUUUGCAAUUGUCGAGGAACGAGACAUCCUUUAUUUGAAGUUGCUCCCAAUUGCCUUUCUUGCGGGAAGAUCAUAUGCGUUUUAGAGGGCCUUCAUCGAAAUAACUGCACUUAUUGUGGUACUGAGUUGAUGACUGUGGAAGAGACAUCUAAGAUUAUAGACGUGCUCAACCAGGAAAAGCUCGAACUCGCGACCACAAAUGUGCCCGCGGUGCAGGAAAGACCUAAAAAGUCCAAGGCAUACAAGAUUGCUUCAGGGGCCGGUACGAACCUGUUUUCAGAGCAAGACCGACUAUUUCAAAAGAUCGAGCGCGAAAAAGAACGUGAGGCAAAACGCAAAGAAGUCAUGGAAGGCUUGGAACAAAGUUCGGCGGCAGCCAAUAAAGAAGCAGCCGAUCACGAAAAUGAGGACCCAGAAUUGAGGAAUGCACAGGAUCGUCUUGAGAAGCUCUUACACUUCCAAGACACGUCUGAUCAACGGACAAAGAUCAUCGAUAAUGCCAGCGAUUUCAGCAUGAGCAACGACUCGAAUAUAUGGGGCAAUGCCCAGGACCGUGCACUUAUGCUCAAAAAACAGCAAAGGAAUAUUAGAAGGUGGGAAAAGCUGGAACAGGAGCGGAGAGGUAAAAGGGACAAGGUUGUGAUGGACUUAGUUAUAGGCAAAGAUGGCAAAGUAACGAUGACAGAAGCUUCUAGACCUCACAGAACAGCGCAUGCCACUGAUGAAGAAAACAGAGAUGAUAUAAGCGAUGAAGAGGAUCUGAAAGAUCUGGACGAUAUAGCAAACUUGAAAGGCUCGCUGGCUCAAAGCUCGAAGGAAAGAGAACAAAAGCUGUCAUCCAAUAUUUGGGACCCAGUAAAGGAUCGGAAACAGUUCAAAAAACCAGUAUAUACUGGCGAUCAGCAGUCAAGUCAAUUGGGAGUAGAAACGGACGCACUGUCAUCUAAUGAGAAUGAGCAAGGGCAGAAUCGGAUCCAACGGGUACAAGUAAGUCAAAAUGAUGAAAAUUCGCUCGAGCAAAAUAUCUUGGCAGUACUAUAA